AUGUCUAGUAAAUUAGCAAUUACAUUGGGAACCGUUUUUGCAUCCAUCUCGUUUGUGUUUCUCCUACUGGUGAACUUGGGUACAAAUGUUAUUCGAUCAAUUUACGUAAUGCAAUACGCAGCCAGUAACAUAACGGCACAAUUGGGUAUAUACGGUUCUUGCGUGGGAUCGAAUUUCACUGGUCCUCUUCAUCCCGAAAUUUUAUUGGGAUGUGCAAAGAGUGGUCUCAUUAAUGAAAUUGGAACUUCCGGUACUAAAUUUUUGGCAGCUAUGCAUCUUGUUGCUUUGAUAGUAUCAACCUUGUUGGUUAUUGUUGGCUUUAUUGCCAUUUGCGUACCAAAUAUAUUGAUGCAAACUAUUUUGGCCACAAUUUCAAUAUUUGGAUCUAUCGUGAUUAUUUUGGCGAUUAUAGGCGAUAUUCUCGUUUUUAAGGAUAACGAGAAUGCAGAAAUUUUGAUUGGUGAAUUGGAUGACUCAAUAAGUAGUAAAAACUUUGGAGUGGGAUUCGGUCUCACAAUCGGAGCUUUGGCAUGCACGCUCAUAGCGAUUGUACUAUUCAUAAAGAGUCUACAUAAAACUAAAAAAGUCACUAAUGUAAAAGCCUAA